UCAGCAUACCUUACUUCAGUGCUCUCUAGUUGACUCGGUUAUUACCUAUGUAGUGUUGACAACAAGCGGACUUUAUUGAUACUAGAACUCCCAAACGUCGUGGUUGAUCACAGGAUAUUGUGUUAUUCCAAUGACUGGUACCGACUGGAAUGAUGAGAAAAACGUCUUCAGCCGACGUGGUCAAUGAACAUCCAACACCUGUUCAAGCACCGGAUGGCGGAUGGGGAUGGAUGGUCACGUUCUCCUCAUUGAUGAUCAACGUUUUGAUUGACGGCAUCUUUUUUACGUAUGGAAUUUUCUUCCCUGAAUUUCUGAGACAUUUCGGAGAAAGUAAAGGAAAGACCCAACUAUUACAUUCGAUACUUGUUGGAACAUGUCUUACUUCAGGUCCUGUGGUCAGUGUACUGGUGAACAAGUAUGACAUUAGAAAGGUGGCCGCUACUGGAACAGUGAUUGCCAGUGUCGGACUUUUCCUUUCCACGUUUUCCCCAAACCUGAAUGUGAUGCUUAUCUUUUACAGCAUCGCAGGGGGAAUUGGUUUUGGUAUUCUUUACCUACCUUCGAUUGUGAUCAUUGGUGUAUAUUUUAACAAACGACGAGCCUUAGCUACGGGAAUAGCUGUUUGUGGAGCCGGGGUUGGCACCUUUGUAUUUGCACCAAUCACAAAGCUGCUUUUGGAAGCAUACAACUGGAGGGGAGCAACGUGGAUCAUGUCCGCCAUAGUUCUUAAUGGUGUUGUUUUUUCCGCUAUCUUCAGGCCACCAGGGAAGGAUAUGAACCGAAACGAUGCAAAAAUCAAGGAUGUGUAUGAUAAGUGUGAUACCGGAACCGUUCAGAAUCCCGGCGGAUGUUUUAGACAGUUUUGCUUAUCAAUGAAAGACAUGUUUGACUUUUCGCUUCUUAAAAGUCCCACUAUGUUGUUGUAUGGAGCUUCCUGUUUGCUCGUCAUGUUUGGAUUUUUCAUCCCUUCGAAUUUCCUUCCUGUUUGGGCUAGUGAUGCCAACCUGUCGACCGGGGAGGGGGCAUUUUUGAUUUCAGCUAUGGGCGUAUCCAACACAAUUGCACGUGUUGUGAUUGGCUACAUCACAGACAAACCAUGGGCUAACUGUUUGAUUAUAAACAAUAUUGCCCUACUGAUUGGCGGCCUGGCUACGUGUUUUGUACCAUUCUACACCACAUUUGCGGUCCUUGUCGUCUAUGCUGUUGUGUUUGGCAUAGUAAUGGCGGUUUUCAUUCUCCUCAGAAGUAUCCUGAUGGCAGAAUUAUUGGGUGUACACAGACUCAACAGUUCGUUUGGAUUGGUCGGACUCAGCAUGGGUUUGUCGACAUUUGUGGGGUCACCUUUAGCAGGAGCGUUGUCGGACAUCAGCGGCAACUACAAUGUGGCAUUCUACUUCGGUGGCAUCACUAUUGUACUAGGAGGCUUAAUUUGUCUGCCACUCAGACGGAUUUCAAACUGGGAACAAAGUCGGAGAAAUGAUUUCAACUUAUGGGAUACAUAUAACGGUGAUGAGAAAAACAAAAGGCCUGAUGUAAAAAUAGUGUCUGCCAAAAAGACAUUAUCCAUAUACACAAUAUCAAGAGAUAGGAGCUGAACUCUUUUUUCUUCUUGGUUUUCACCAAACAGUAUUUUACUAACUGUCAUCAUGUCAAAAUGGUGCCUAGAUAAUACUCCAAUAACUAUUACUCGGAAACUCGGCCGUUUCAUCAGAGGAAUUCUAUCUGUUGUAUAUUUUGUUGUAAGGAAACAGGGAUUUGAUUUUCCAAUGUAGACUGGGUGAGAAAUAAUGCCCUCUUCGCUUAAUACCUAAAUGCUCUCGUGCCCGCACGUGGCCUAGACUAAUAUACCCGUGUAUUAUGCUCUCAUGCAUCAUCUAUGCAUAUGUCAAGCAUCUCACACGGACCACAUGCAAGCACCACGCGAAAGUCGCCAAAACAUCGACUCGCCUGCAGAAAUAUCCUUGUGUGCAGCAAAAUCCUUAUACGCACAAAGCCCGCAUAGCCUGUUUGGAAUGGUGUGACCGGGCCUUCAAUAGUUGUUUUACUGCAUAGACACAAUGACAGUGUAUUUAUUUGUGAAAUAGAUCAUCAGCAACAAGUUUGCGUCCCAAUUUCUCUUCAUCACAUGAGUACCUGUCACUCUUGGUUGAUUUCACCCAAUAUAAAUCCUGAUUUUAGCCUGUAUGUCGGGUUUUAGUUCCCACCAGUCCUGGUGUGAAAUAUACAUAUACAUGUUUAUUUGACGUUCUUUUGAAAUCAGAUUUUUAUUUUUUACUUUUUUUUUCGGCCUCCGUCAUCUGACAGGUACAUUUGUAUAAACACUUUAAGCUCCUAGUAUUACUGACGACUAGAUGCAGUUUAAUUCAUUUUUGGAUCUGCAACACUGAGUUUGUAUAUUAAAAAUGAUACCCGUACACCCCGUCCUCAUUACUGACCCUGAGUGUUACGUGGAAGGUAAGCAAUGUUUAUAAACAACAUAUCACUCUCAAAACAAGUUACUUUGUCAUUACCUCAUGAUUUUGAAUUACAUGUUACAGUUUAAUAAAGAUAUCACAAUCUAAAAAUUCACAAUAGCCAAGUAAUUGAAAUUAUUUAAAAAUAAAUCAUUAACAUAAUAACAUAAUACCACAAUGCACUUAAAAGGUAAACAAUGUCUGGACGAGGUGGUCCUCGCCUGUCUCCGAAUUCCUAUUGAAUUUGCAUCCUAUUUUGUUGAGGCAGGAAGACAAGCCUAACUGCUUAAAAACGAGGCAUUUAUAGUAUACUGUUAUGGGCGGCAUUGACCUUCAACCAACACGAAAUAUUUGAAUCAACAAUACAUAAAAUUUUAAUUAGCAAUACUCAAUAAAUUAACAAAAUAUCAGAAAAGUUAAAGGUUGUCGAUCAGGACCGUUAAUGAUUUGUUUGUGUAAUAUCUGCAGAGUAAGUUGAUAGUUAUCUUCCAAACAAUUUUUCUGUGUCCAAAGCGUGCUGACCAAUAUCAACAUGCAAAAGAUAAUUAUCAAGGAGUCUACUUAGUGGUUUAAAAACUAGUUAAAAUGAUGUGAUUGCUAAAACUAAGAAAGUGUUAAUUUUCAGGAAUCGUGAGAAUCAAUAGAGACGAUAUGUAGUGAUAGACAGUCCCAGUCGGUUAUAGUUAUUGUGUGGAAAGGGAAAUUCUCAUCUGUAUCUUCACUGGAAGCUUAAUGUUGACUUUGUUAUAUGUUCAUUUCACGUUAUUUUCCUUAAGUGCCAUAAGUAUGAUUCAAUAUAUUCAGUCUCUUUGUGUUGAUUUUUUUUUUUUAAUUAAGUGACACAUUAAAACGACAAGUAUACCUGUAGAUGUUGUUACAAAAUGUUUUCUGCUACAUGUGUUAUUUCUAAUUGUUAAUAAAUAAUUGUAAUGUUAAUCUC